AUGGACGCACGGUGGCGGGGGGGUCCAAAUUCCCGGAGGUCGACAUCUUUGGCAAAGUUUAUGUUCGACCUAGGAAUGAGUUGGCCGAACGACGAUGGUGGAGAGGAGCCAGUUGGUUCUUUAGGAGUUCGCCUCCCAACUUCAUCCCAAUACUCCGCUCAAGUCUAUGUAUCCUCCACAAGAUGUUGGGUUUCAGAUCUUGACGGAGACGUUGGAUCAGACUCUAGGGAGGAGGCCAGGGACAUAUUGUCGAGGGAUGGGGAAUGCCUGGCAGAGGGAACUUAG